AUGCCGUCCGACUACGUUUAUUCGGAGGCUAAGCGGAGGAAGUUGCGCAAGGGUACGCAUAGCUGCUGGGAAUGUAAACGGCGGAAGAUGAGGUGCAUUUUCGAUGCUCGAGACAAUGUCAUUUGUAAUGGCUGUCGACGAAGGGGUGCUCGGUGCAUCAGUCAGGAAUUCCCUGAGGACCUCGGUUUUGCUGAUACUGACACCACUGGGAAUGGCCAUGGUGGAGGGACACCAAAUACCCCCAGUGAAGACGGUAGGAGAAGAGGUGCUAGCCAUGAGAUCCCAACUCCAGUGUCCAUGAUAUCGGAGUCAUCGCAGUUCUUUGCCUUUUAUUCGGCUUCGGAGGCGCGUAAUCUAAACGUCAAUAUUCUGAUGAAUUCAUCAGACUCAAACAGGAAACAUGAGAAGCUUUCGCAGUUUUUGCACGCAUCACUCCCUUCGCAAGAAGAUACGAUGAAGAUAUAUGCGGCGGCCCGACAUUCUCCCAUUCUAGCUCACGAGAUAAUCACCAUGCCAUACGAUCUUCUUGAUAAGAAAGACGUAACAGCUGGCGAAGGUCGGGUAGAUAUCCCCGGGCCGACCCAACAUCCAGUCCUCAUAUCGAGACAUAUGCUUUUGCUUGCUACAUUCCUGCAGCAUCUCCACCCGGAUCUUCACGAAGAGAUCAAGUCACUGUCGGAGGCGCCGCGGACUGUGAUGGAAAGGUUGGCAGAUCUUGUUGUAAGUCUGGUUACGACAAAUGACGACCUUCUCGGGACUAUCGAAGGCCUGGAGUGUGUCAUUAUCGAGAGUGUCUAUCAGGCUAACAUUGGCAAUCUUCGGCGCAGCUGGAUGUCGUGUCGUAGAGCUAUGAACAUUGCGCAGCUAAUGGGCCUCAACCGACAUGAUAAUCAGGCACAGUACAAAGUGCUUGACCCCACUAAGGAAUAUCAUCCACACGUGAUGUGGUUUCGGAUUGUUUUCUUAGACCGCUAUCUCUGUCUUAUGCUAGGGCUUUCCCAAGGUUGCCUGGAUCGUAGUAUGGCCUCUGAUACGAUGCUCGCGAAAGAUACCCCAACUGGCCGCCUGGAACGAAUCCAUUGUGUUAUUGCUUCACAGAUUUUAGAGCGUAAUGCAAACCAAUCAAACUCACAUGACUUUGAGCUGACCCGGACCCUCGACAUGGAGCUUCAAAGAGCGGCUAGAAGCCUGCCCGGGAAGUGGUGGAUAGUACCGAAUUUAAUUGUUGUACCGACUGACUCCCAGGCUCUAUUUUGGAACACUCGGCGGCUCUUCGCACAGAUUAUCCACUAUAAUCUUCUCAAUCAGCUUCAUCUCCCAUACAUGCUUCGGUCGUCAUCGGCAGAACAAAAACAUAAAUACUCCCUCGUCGCUUGCGUCAACGCAUCAAGAGAGAUGAUCUUGCGCUUCAUUACACUACGAAGCUUCAACGGGGUUGCCUAUAGUUGCCGUACGGUUGAUUUUCUUGCCCUCAUGGCUGCCAUGACCUUGCUUUUAGCACACCUAGACAGCCCCGUCUCAGAGACAGAGAAUUUACUAGCCCACCAAUACCACACUGAUCGUGCGAUGAUUGAACAGGUGCAGGAGAACAUGGAAGAGGUCAACCGUGUUAAUUCAGAUGCACUCAGUGCAAAGAGCGCCGAGUUACUGCGCCAAUUGUUAGCUAUUGACGUCGAUGCAACGAAUGGUUCUUCUCUUGGUGCAAAGGGAGUAACCGUUCUGGAAACAGGGAGUGAAACAGCCAUUCCUGACCAUGAAGAUGGCGCCGUAAGCGUGCAUGUGCCUUAUUUUGGCAUAGUCAAAAUUGCCCUCAAAAGUAGUAGCAAGGCGAUCUCCAGACCAGAAAUGACCUCAACAACGCACCACCCAGUUCAUCGAGCAAAUUUGUCUGGCGCGGGAGACGUUCACGGCGACAUGCAGAUAGGAACGCACUCCAUUACUGAAACCGCAGACUCUUCUGAUAUGGCUGCUCUAUCACAGGCCAUGUCAAGCGACAUAGCGAUUGAGACAUCUUCGAUAAUGUCGGGGGUCCAUGGAGGCUUUGAGCUUCAGUUGCAGAACGACUUUUGCAACCCCAUGCUUGAUGAUAGAGCGUAUCCAGGACUGGCAGCGGGAGCAGAUGAGUGGGCGUUCCAAGGCGUCGACUUGGCUUUCUUCGACAGUUUGAUGGGGAACACCGGCGACGAGGGUAACGUUGUCAGAUGA